AGUUGAAGCCUCCAGUGGGGUGCCAUUGAGGCUCCCAGUCUUUCUCUCCCCGCCCCGUCUGUACACAAGUACGGAUGGGGAGUGUGCCAAACUGGGUCUUUGACUCAGGUGAAAUAAAGCCUGGUUUUGCCCCGGUUGGUAUCCAGUUGCAGCCCAGCAAUUAUCACUUAAUAGGGUGUUACCCAAUACCACCUAUCCAAGAUAGCAGAUCCACAGUUGGCCAAAGUGUUACAUAAGACGUGGGAGGAGGCGCUGCAGAGCGCCCUGGCUGCUGUGACACCCAAGGGGAGAGGUAUAAAGUUGGGCGCCUUCGAAGGAGACGGCAUCUUCCUCUGCCCAGCUGCUUUUCUAUUGACAGCACGCAAGGAGCAAGAGGAGGCACCCGCAGGAUGAGGUCCACCAUGCACAGCCUUUUGAUGCUCCUGCUUUGCUCAUUCUGCGUUCGGGCAGACAUUGCCAUGCAACCAGACUUCGAUCUUCAGAAGUUUUCAGGGAUGUGGCACAUCAUGGCUGGAUCGUCAAACUGCCCUGUGUUCCAGGGCAUGAAGAGCCUCAUGACAACAUCUGCUGCUCUAGUCAAACCCCUUCCAAACGGUGACAUGAAAAUACUUACUGGCUACCCUUUCCCUGAGGAGUGCAAGAAGGUAGAGAUGUACUUUAAGAAGACAGACCAGCCUGCACACUUCACAAAUGACGAGAAUGCCAAGAGAGAUAUGCGGGUGCUGGAAACCGACUACACCAACUUUGCCCUCCUCUACACCUUCAAGGAGAUCGAAGACGAGCCCAGCAGCACCACCGUCCAGUUGUACACCCGCACUCAAGACAUCAGCAAUGAAGUGCUGGAGAAGUUCAAGGAGCAUUACCACAAGGUGGGGCUCACAGACGACCUGAUGGUAAUCCUCCCCAAGUCUGAUGUUUGCUACAAGCUCCUCAGUGCCUGAAGUGGACCCAAUUCACCAGCAGCCAAGGCUUAACCUCCACCCCACUGCAGAAGUCCCACUGAUUCAGAAAUCACUGCUGCUGAUCAGAUCUCUCACUCCCUUCUCCCACUUCAGGCGUUCCCCACUCUGCAAUCUGACCACUGCUUCAUCCACACCCCACCCUUUCCUGCUGAAUAAACAGCUUUACAAGGUG